GAGCGCACGGCGGGGCGCGGCCAGCGCCGGGACGCUGCUCAUCCAGGGACUAGGCCGGGUGCCCAUGGCGUUCGCACUGCUGCGCCCCGUCGGCGCGCACGUGCUGUACCCGGACGUGCGGCUGUUGAGCGAGGACGAGGAGAAUCGGAGCGAAAGCGACGCCUCGGAUCAGUCGUUCGGCUGCUGCGAGGGCCUGGAGGCGGCACGGCGCGGCCCGGGCCCCGGGGGCGGGCGGCGGGCGGCGGGCAGCGCGGGCCCGGUGGUGGUGGUGCGACAGCGGCAGGCGGCCAACGCGCGGGAGCGGGACCGCACGCAGAGCGUGAACACGGCCUUCACGGCGCUGCGCACGCUCAUCCCCACCGAGCCGGUGGACCGCAAGCUGUCCAAGAUCGAGACGCUGCGCCUGGCGUCCAGCUACAUCGCACAUCUGGCCAACGUGCUGCUGCUGGGCGACGCGGCCGACGACGGGCAGCCGUGCUUCCGAGCUGCCGGCAGUGCCAAGAGCGCGGUCUCCGCCGCCCCCGACGGCGGCCGCCAGCCACGCUCCAUCUGCACCUUCUGCCUCAGCAACCAGCGCAAGGGGGGAAGCCGUCGUGACCUGGGGGGCAGCUGCUUGAAGGUGAGGGGGGUAACCCCACUUCGAGUGCCACGGAGAUGAGCCUGGAUCCCUGUGUCAUUUGCUCCAAGCAGGACCCUGAGAAGAAGGCCAGAGGCCAGCCACUGGGUGAACAGGGGAGAAGACCCCAGGAGCCAAACCUGGGUCCCGUCUUUGUGGAGGGACCCAGAGGACAAUGACCUGGGCCCAUGACCCUCAGAGCAGGCCCCUUGGGACAUCUCCACCUCACCCUGGAGAGCCGUGAGGACCCAUCCAGCCGGCCCCAGCCCUGGCUGGUCAGAGACAAGGCAGAUCUUUUGGAAAAACAUAGACUGUUGGUGACAGAGGAUGUGUGCGUCUAUGGAUGAGUGUGGGUGUAUGUGUGAGAGAGAGAAUUGGUGGGUUUAAAAUAAAAGGUAUUUUUAAGUAAAA